AAACGGUUAUUAAACCACCGUUAUUACACAUUAAACCUGAAGAGACGAACGAAGAACUUUUUAGUUUUUAAUGCCAAAACCUUGAAGGUAAAAUUAAUUUAAAACGAAACGCCCAAAAUGGCUAUCGGAAUUGAUACGUCAAAGUGGAAGCCAAGAAAAAUAUCAGGAACUCCUGCAGGAAAAUUUGGUAGUGCAAUUGCUAUCGGUAGCUUAUUAAUAGGAGCAGGAUGUGGCUUUUAUUUUCAUAAUGCGAGCAUAACACAGAAUCUUCGUCGAGCUGCAGAAAAAUUAUAUGAGGAUCCCAUAGAAGAGGUGGAAAGGAGAUUAUUGAUAGCCAGCGGCCUACCAAAUAGAACUGGUGAUCAGAUACGUGCCCUAAUAGAUGGAUAUGAGCGCCCCGAUAGGCCGGAUAAAUAGAGAAUGUGUGAUAGUAGUAAUAAUAGCACUAAAGACAAGAAUGUGAUAAGUAAAUAUUUCACGAGAGCAGCAGAUGAGAGUCUUGAAGAUUUUAAAGAAACUAAGAGAAUCAUUACCAGCCCUAAAAUUAUAAAGCCUGCCAGGAAACAGAGAAAGAAUGGAAAAAGAAUCUGCAAGCAGAAAGAUAUAAGAACUUCUUUAAAAAGAAAGAAUAAUGAGUUAAUUGAGUUUAGUAAAGAAUUUAAUAACGUAUGCGAGAAGACAGGUAUUGAUGUAGAUUCAGAACAGUUGCAGUUGGCAGUAGCUUUAUCAAAGUCUCUUCAAGCUGAACCUUCAGAUGUAAAUCCACAGAAUUUUCGAAAUUCCCAAGAAAGAACUAAAAAAAUACAUGCAACAUUACAGGAAUAUGGUUUUGUUGUACCAGAAACUAAAAUAACAACAUCAAAAAAAAUCAAGAAAAAUAGAAAACAGUAUAAACUGAUUUCUCUUUCAGAUAUAGAGAAACAACAAAACAUAUCUGAGAAAUAUUCUUGUGUAUUAUUAGAAGAUAUUGACCGUAUAGAUCACAAAAUAGAAUCUAAUAUUAGUAAUAGUCAUUUAUAUAAUCUAUCAACUAAUGUUUCAUAUGAACAUAUAAAAGAUAAUCAUAUAUUUUAUGUGGAAAACUUAUUAGAAAAAUCUACAAGUGCAUUUAAUUUAUUAAGAGACUGGACUGAAAUACCAGGGAGGCCAGUUAGCCCCAGAAUUGCCAACAAUUUUAUCAGCUUUAGUGAUAUAGAUUGCAGUCAAAGUGAAUUAGACGAUUUAUUAAGUGGUACAUUCAAAAGACGAACUGAAAUCAUGGUUUUUAAAACAAACAAUGCUCCAAAAUAUUCAGGAGAUGAAGAGAAAAGGAGUAACAAUAAACCAGAAGAUAAUAUUGUUAUAGAAAGUGUAACUCAACACAGAUGUUAUUCGCCAGACAUAUUUGAUGAUGAAUCUUCGUUAAUGGAUAAUAGUCGACAUGCUCAACUUAUAUCACAAGAAAAACAUAUUAGUAUGGAUUUAACAGAAUGCUUGAAUCAUGUAUCUCAAAUUACAUCGAAAAGCGCAAUCAUGGAAAAUAAAAAUAUAACUAGAAGGAGGUCCAAUGAUUUUAUGGACAUGACUGAAUGUGUGUCAAGUUUAAAAACUGUUGUAAGUAAAAUUGAUUUAACUGUUGACCAUAUUAAUAUCAUAUUAGAAGAAAACCACACAGAAGAUGAUUUAGAAAAGCCUAGUAUGCCAAGAAAUAGUAAAAAUAACCUGGAUAUUGAUGUUAUAGAUGCUGAUGAAUAUACUAGAACUCUGUCCAAUAAAAGGUUUGAAACAAAAGAAGUAUUAGAUCUCACACAAGACAAAGAUAUUUCUGCUAAAAGAGAAUGUCAAAGUUUCUUUGAUGAUUUUAUUCAUGAUCAUGACAGCAAAGAAAAUGUGACUAUUGAAGUGCCUUUUCAAGAUUCAGAAGCAAGUAACAAUAUUGAAAGUCGAAAUUUAGAUAAUGGUAAUGAAGAAAUCGAUCUAACUCAGAGCCCUGAAUUGCUAAAUGAUACUGAUGAUAUAGAUUUAAAAAAAGCAAAAAACAAUACUGAACAUGAAAAUUAUUCAAAAAAUCAUACUUUAAAUGAUUCUAUAGAAAACGAAAAUGCAGAGGUAUUUAAAGAAAUUGUAAAAGAUUGUGAAGAAGAAAUCGAUUUAACACAAUCCUCAAAUUCACCCAAUGGCUCUGACAGGGAAUCCCCAAAUCUAUGUUUGAGUGCACUUGGUAAAAUGGACAAUAUUUCUAUAGAUUAUGAUGAAAUUCAAAGUGGAAAACAUACAGUUUAUUCAUCAAAUGAAAAUUCCUCAAAAAUAGACCCUAUUGAAAUUCAGGAUGUUGAACUUAGUCAAAAGUCUGAAAUAUUUGAAAUACAUGACAAUGAAUUGGAUUAUUCAUUGAAUAAAUCUAGAUUUGAGAAUUCUGAUAAAGCCAAACUAACAUAUCUAGAUAAAAAAGUUCAAAAUCAAGAAUCAUUUGAAAGUGAAACAGCCGAUAAGCAGAAAGAUGAUGUGGAAUUUAAUGAUAAUGAAUAUACUUCUGCAAUUAAUUUACAAAAUGAAGUAUUGAGUUCAAAUAGCGUAACUCCUUCAAGAGAAAAAAAUAUUUUUAGAACAGAAACACCAAAAAAUAAUGAUUUCAUAAUAAAAUUGGACGAAGUAACUCCAAUGCAAGAUUAUGCAUCAAUGACCAGUCCAGAGAGAAACAGGGAAUUAUAUAAGUACGGAUUAAAACCUUUGAAGAGGAAAAGAGCCAUACAACUCUUGACCCAUCUCUACAACCAAACUCAUCCUUUGAUCGAAGAGAUGCCAGCUGACGUAAUAGCAUCACCAUCGAAAAAACGCAAGAGAAAUAGCCCGAAAGCAAUAAGUGCCAAAAAGGAUUCUCCCAUCAAGCAUAAUGUGAAUAUAGAGGAUUGCUAUGAAGCUACGAAUGAAACGCCCGUGAUAAGAGAAGUGGAAUGUCACUCUGACGAUUGGAUGUUUCAAAAAAAGGAAAGAGCAAAGGUGCACUCAUGCAGACUUCCUCUGCACAUAGCAUUCCACAACUACGUGUCGUGUCGCAGCGGACUUCGGGAGGCGAUUCUGAAAUACGAGCCAGUCAAUAUAGAUGUUAUUCACAAAGAAUUAGCCGGCUACGGUCACAGAUAUGAUCCCAAGGAUCUUCUCAAGUUUCUGGAUAAGAGAUGUAUAACAGUGAAGACGAGUGAUAACGCCAAGAGUUCAAGACACUAAUGUCAAGUAACAUGAAGAAGAAUGACGAAAUGCAAUUUGUUCAUCAUGUGAAUGUAA